AUGGACAUCUUUGGGUAGCCAAUAAAUCUGAAUCUUGAUUUGAGAUCUAAGUACCAGACUUUCUUGGGAGGAUUGGUUUCAAUGUUUAUUGUCUUUCUUUUGAUUGGCUACAGUGUUAAUGAGAUCAUAGGAUAUACAAUCUAGAGAGGCAUACAAAUCACUUAAGAAGUAGUAUUCUAGAUUUUUAAAGAUAUAGACAAAAUUUAAUUAUGAUCCUGAUGUUCUUUUACUUAAUAAUAAGAAUUUCAUAUUUGCCAUUAGAGUAGAGCAAGAAAAUUUCUAUUAGUUUCCUUAAUUCGAUAUUCAAGUUAGAUAAUACUAAAAUAAUAAUGAAGUUUCAUUAGAAUUGUAAUAAUGCACUUUUUAGCAAUUCAUUAAUGUAUUAAACUCUAGUUAAGUGCUUGAUUUCUUAGAAGCAAAUUAAGUUGACACUUGGUUAUGUCCAAAAUCUGAAUUUUCAAUUGAAUUAGAAGGGACACCAUUUUGUAUGUUUUUAUUUAGCUAAGAAGAUAGCUUCUUAAUUUUCGAAUCUGGUGAUAGAGAUAAGUGAAUGUAAAUCAAAGAGUUCUUGGGGUAGUGAAUGUUAGACUAGAACAUUAAAGGACAGUUAUAAAUUAUAGAUGAUUACAAAAAAUACAGUAUAUAUAAAUAUUAUCUUAGUUCAUUAAUCCAUUCAAUAAUGAAUUUGUUGCAGAAGAUUAUUUAGACAAUUCGAUGAGUUUGUAUUUUUAACCAGGAGAUUUGUAGAGAAUAGAUUACCAAUUUCAUAAGCACAUUACUAAAGAUUAUCAGGGAUAAAUCAAAAUAGAGUAGAGAUGCCAAUAAUAUUAGAGGAUUACUCGAUGAAUAAGAGUGGAGUAUCUUUUCGACGAAUACAUUCAAAUAGAUUUACGAAGGCAAAAACAAUGCUGUAUGGUCUCGUAUAGUAUUUAUGAGAAGCAAUUUCUCAACUAAUUAUAAUAGAGAAUAUUAGACAGUUACUGAUCUAUUAUCUAAAAUUGGAGGUUUGUCUUAAUCAGUGAUUUCUAUUGUAGGAGUAAUAAUUACUUAUUAUAAUAGAGCAUAAUGUAAAUAAUAAAGUAGUAUUUUAGUUUAUUUGGAUAUAUCUAAUCGUCUUUAUGAUUAUGAUUUUAAUAUUGAACAUGAUUAAGGUACUAAAGGUUCAGGUUUAGUUGAUCCUCUACAUUUUAGUGUUUAACUUCAUUAAGAUUCCUCAUAACCACUUAAAAAAAAGAAGAAAACUUAAGAUAAAGCAGACACUAUUAAAUAACCAGAUGAGGAUUCAAUGGAAGAAGAUCCUUAAUUUAAAGAAAGAGUAAUGAAAGUUGUAGAGGAAUAGAAACAAAUAAUGGAUUAAUAUUAAUUUAAAAGUAGAAAACAUUUUUUAUUAGCAACAUUCUAAUAAACUAUAUUAAUGAAGAAAUCUAUUUAAUUAAGUCUUAAAUACUUUUUUUAAAAACUAUUUUGUCAAAAACCAGAUCCAAAAGAAGAUCCUCAUUUAUAUGUGUUAUCUAAAGCACUAACAUCAGUAAGAUAAGAAUUAGAUGUAUUCUCAAUAUUAAAUCGAAUACAUUAAUUAGAGAAAUUAAAGAAAAUCCUUUUAGAUAGAGAUUAAUUGAUUUUAUUUAAUUAUUCACCUAAACCAGUGAUUGCCGUUAAUGAAAAAGAUAAGGAAACUGAUUUUCUACACUAUUCUAAAUAAUAAUCUCUUAAAUAAAUGACAUUGAUAGAAGUGGCAGAAGAAAUUAAGAAACAAUUAAAAACAACUUUCUUAACUAAAGAACAUCUUAGUAUCGAGAAUGUUUUUAAUUCAUAUAAAGCAAUAGCUGCUAAAAAUAGAAAAUCUAAUCGUUAUUAUUAUAAGAUAAAUAGAAAAUUAAAAUAGUUCUUAGGAGAUCAAGUGAAAGCUAUCUUUAAAGCUUCCAAAUUAUUAAGAUUUCCUGAAGAUGAACAGAUUCCAGAGAUGGGUGUUCUAGAGAUUAUGUCAGUUGGAGGAGAAACUUCAGCUUAAUAUCCAUUGAGUAUGCGUCCAUCUGUUAAUAUAAAUCAACAAUACUAAUGAUAAUUAAUAUAUAUUAACGAAUAAAUAUGUCUGUUAUAUUUGAAGACAUCGAGGUAUUUUUACAUACAACUAAAUUAGAAUUUACACUAUCUCUAAUUUCAAUUUAAUCAAGCUCUACGUUUAGGCAAACUCAUAUAUUAUAUAGGUAUUACUGUAAUAUAAGUUAGAGAAUUCUCUCCUUCGUAAAGUCAGUAUUAUUGAUAAUAAUUGUACAGAUAGUGUUAUAGUAUAAGCUGAAGUAUCUAUGAUUUGUACAGAUGGUAAACUCAUAUAUUCUUUAUUAUGUAACAACCAUUUUAUAAUUAUAUUAGAGAAUGGAGACAUCUAUUAAAUUGAAUAACCACCUCGUCUAAUUAAAAGUGGACAUCAUUAUAAAUGGAUAUCUCCUGUAGCAGCUAUUGAUUAAUCUCAUAGAGGUUUUAUUUGGAAAACAAAUAAAUAGAUUUAUAGUCAUUGCAAACACAUUUCUAAUUAUUAAGAUAGAAUUACUCUUGUUACUAUUGGUGGUAAAAUAUUCAAUUUUAUUGAUAAUAAAACAAUCCCAAUACAAUAACUUAAUGGAUUAAAAUUGAAUACAUAUUUUAAGAAAUCAAUUCUUUUCUCAUUUGGAGGAGUGGCUAUAACUGAAAGUGGAGAAUUCUAUCUAUUCAAUCAAAAAAUGAUCAGAGUUAAAAUCAAAGACAUUCAAGAUUUCUUCUUUACUGAUAAGUACAUAUUUGCUAUUCAAAAUAAUCUUACUAUUUUACAAUUUACUAUUGAAGAAAUUCAAACACAUUAAUUCUUUACUAAUUAAUAGAUUUUCUAAAAAAUGCAUUAUUGUAAUGAUGUAGAAUUCAAAUACAAAUCAAGAUAAUUUUAACACAUAUCUAUACUAUAAACAGAAUAUUCCUUAUGUUCAUUUGCUUAUAUUAAAGAAAAUAAAAUAUUAGAUACUAGUCUCAAUCUAACUGAUAAGACUAAUUUAACUCAAAAUAAGAGUAAUGUUUUCAUAAUGAAGUAAUCCUUAUUUGAAGAAUGGGAUUGUAAAAAGAAAAUUAUGGAUUCUAGAAGAUCUACUACUCUUGAUAAACAACCUUAAAUAGAAUCUGAGGGAUAAACUUUAGCUUAAAAAUUAGCAACAAUAAGAGAGAGUUUAAAUUUUGAAAAACCAUAAUAAAAUUAAAUUGAUAAUGAUAAAUAAGAUCGUUGUCGAUAAAAAAGUCUUAUUCAAUUACAUUAAAUUUAAGUUGAAGAUUUACCUUAAAAUCCUACUCCAAUAAAAUUGGAUAAUUUACUUAAUAAAAUACAUGUCAAUAAACCAGAAAAACCUAUUGAUUAAUUAUUAAUAAUAUAAAAUAAAUAAGAAUUAUAAGAUUCAUUACCAACAUUUUAAAAUGAUAAUUAAUUCACUAAUAUUAAUGAUACUCUUAAUAAAAAGAAAUCUAAAUAAUAAAAUGGUAUUUAAAGAUCAAAUAAAAGAUUAGAUAGUAUGUCAGCAUAAUCUGGUAUUGAUUUACAAAAUAAUAGUGGAUUUAUUUAAUAAUAAGAUAGUUUUAUUGAUAUUUUAGAUUCUGAUUCUAUUAAAAAGGAUUUACCAUUAUAAUUAUAACCUUUUGAUAAAUCUAAUAAAUAUAAGAAAAAUACUUUGGAUACUAUUCAAUCUUAUGAAAAUGAAUAAGAUCCAAAAACUACAAAUAGAUUAUCAAUUAAAAAGGAUUAAAUACUUCAAUAAAGCAAUAGAUCACCAAAUAAAAUAUCCACUAAAGAUCCUUUAAUUACUGAAAGAAGUACUACUAAUAUUGAAUAAGCAAAAUAAGAUUUAGAAACCUUGGUUAAUAUGAUAAAUAAACAAAAAGAAAAUAUUGAAAUUUCAAAAUCUAUUAGUACUGUAAAAUCAAGUAUAAGAAUGAUAUCACCUCCAAUAUAAGUAGGAUCUGCAUUGAUACGUCCAGAAAGUAAAAUAACUCCAUUAAAAAAUAGGAGAUCAUCUGUUAUUAGUGAAACAUCUUAAUAAGAAUCAUUUAAAUUACCUAAAAGAAUCUCAAAAUAAAAUAUAUCUUAAAAAUUAAUUACUUAAUAAUCAUUCAAUUCAUCAAGUUAAAAUUCUUAAUUUCAAUUUGAUUCUCAUAACUUUAGAUAAUUAAAUACUUUAUAAGAUCAAGAAUCAUAAUUAGAUUUAAAAAGUGCUAAAAAACUCUUUGAUUAAUCAAUCACUUAAUAAUUGAAAAACUUUGAUCAAAAUAAAGGACUUAAAAAGGUCUAAUGUUCAUCAUAAGUCAACAUUCUACGUAAUAAUAGCUUAAGUAAAAAACCAACCAUAAUUGUUAAUAAUUAAUAAAUACCUAAAUUGAAUUUUAGAAAGUAAGAAGCAAUCUUAAAGAAAUUAUUCUUCCGUUUAGAUGUUAGAUUAAAAUUGUAAUAAUUAGAGUUUGUUAAUAAUUUAAAAUGUUUGCUUUGA